AUGACAGUGGCAGAGGAAAGAGGUAGCAUUGCCUUCUCCACAACCUACCGACCACCGGUGCCGCUGGACGUAUUCUCGUGCCCGCUUCGGCCAACAUCGAAGCAAGAUGAGCUUCCCAUGACUGACGAAGAGAACUACAAUUACAACGGCCAAGAAAUUUCAUCCGCGGCUCUCAAGACAAUUCUCAAGCGCGAAAAUUUGGCUUCCGAAGGCAAAGAGGCCGAUGUAAAUAUAGGUCGUCUCUCGGGCAUGGUUUUCGUCUCCGAACGACAAGAAGGCCUCGAAUUGCUUCACAUAGCUCUCCGCUUCAAUGACGACCCACCACCCAAACCCGAAGUCUACUGUUUGGCUGAUGUUUUUGGCAAAGACAAUUUCAGUGGUGUUCGCAUGGAAGACAGUGGUUGCAUUGCCGGUGAUAAUCUCGUCUAUGUCACCACAAAGGACCCCGCCCCUGGACUGCCGUCUAUAAAACCAAUCUCAAGACCGGAACAACCGACCGCCUCACCCCAUCAGUUGGCUCCUUGCCAAUUGCUUCGGAGCUCCUGUUUGCUUGAUUCUAUUGAGCAUUGGGAAGCUGAUUUAAGCCCCUCGGUUGCACCGUCUGGAACGAAGAUAGCGGUGGCGUCGUUCCAGGGAAAGCGUGGUGGUUGGAAUGGUGAGAUCGAAGAUCUACAUACCGACAUUUUUGUGAUGAACGUAGAGAAGCCCUUCAACCGCCAUAAGGUUGUAAGGAAUGAUGGAAUUCAGGCAAUAACUCCGGCAGCCAUCAACGCCACCACAGUGGCAGUGGCAACUAUUCGUCAAGAAUCAGAGUUCUUGAACGUCGUCCGUGUAGAAGCACAGUAUCGGCACAUUGAGAUUUUUGAUUCAACCGGACAGCAACAAACCAUACAAAUCACUCAAAAAACCGUGCCAAAGGCUGACCAUUUCAACCCUUUUGUGAUAGAUGGUGGGAAGCGCAUCGGUUACCAUCGUUGCAAGAGCCACCUUCUCAAGAGUGGAGAAGAUAUCCAAAGAAAUACCCACAAGCUCGAAUCUCCACAUCCGGAUGUAGGACUGUUUAGGGUGCCGGGAAUCUUUCCAACAUUUUCCAAAGACGGCUCCAAGCUUGCAUUUGUGGACAACGAGUUCAAGGCCGUGUGGGUAGCCGAUAGCAAAGGAUUGCGUAUUGUUUACCACGCGAAAGGCCCAGACAACGUCUUCUCACCAGUUUGGAAUCAAAACCCAGAAAAGGAUAUAUUGUAUGUUAACAUGGGACGUUCUUUCCAGUCUAAAGAAACACUACACAUUUGCGCUAUUCUCAACGUGUCCAAUGGUGCACAUCGUCUCGAACAACUCACAAAAGCUUCCAAUAAUGCCUUCCCAUCCACCAAUCCAAACCGUAACUUCCUACUUAGUUCCUUCUAA